AUGUUGUUAGGCGGUGAUUUCCGUCAAACACUUCUCGUUCAACCAAAAAGCACAAAUUCACAAAUUAUGGCCCUAACUUUACCUAACUCAUAUUUAUGGCCUCAUUUUACCGUUUACAAGUUACACUACCAUAUGCGUCUAUCUAAUGCAGAUAAUACAACUAUUCAUUCCUAUUCCUUAUCUGAAUUUUAUUCUUGGCUCCUUGAUAUUGAAAACGGAAAUAUUGGCGUUCUAGAUGCAACCGAUCCAGAAAACACAAAAGUUAUAGAUAUACCUCCCAAAUUUCUCAUUGACACAAUGAAAGGACUUCAAUCACUUAUAGAUUUUGUAUAUGAAAGUGAAAUAUUGGCAAACCCAUCACCUGAAAAAUUAUCAGAUAGAGCCAUUAUUUGUCCGAAAAAUGAAACCGCAAAUAAGGUGAAUGCUUUGAUCUCACUGAAGAAUACAUGUCAUCAAAUUGUGUAUAAAGUUGUGAUUCAGUAA